ACUCAGUAGUUUGUGUUUAUGGAGGAGUGAGGACGCUGCUGCUUCACCAUCUGCGCUGGAAGCGAGCACUGCCCGAUUUUCUAAUGGUGUUAUUCGGAAUCUCGAGUUACUUCGCCCGUGGUCGCCGUGUUCAGUUUAUGAGAGAUGCAGGACGACUCUAACCUGCCCGACAUAGGAUUUGUGCAGCAAAUUCUCAGUUUGAAUUUGGUCCCCAGGAAGAAAAAUGCCACCAACUGCGGGAACGACACAUCGCUGUGCGAUUUCUCAGAGAUGUGGUAUGGUGUGUUCCUGUGGGCUGUCGUCUCUUCGCUGCUGUUCCACGUGCCCGCAGCUCUACUGGCCCUUGCCACUCUCCGCAGACAUAAGAUGGCACGCUUCUUGCCCAUCGCCAUCUUGCUUAUGGGCAUUAUAGGCCCCCUGUUUGGAGGAGUCCUCACUAGUGCAGCGAUAGCAGGGGUGUAUAUGGCAGCAGGAAAGAGGAUGAUGUCCUUGGAGGCCUUGGUGUUUGGAGUAGGACAAUCUUUCUUUGUUCUCGUCAUCUCCUUCCUCAGAGUGUUGGCCACCCUGUAGCGUUAGAGCCACCGGCCCAACCAGGCUGCCAUCACAGAGCAGGAAGAGAGCUGUGAACGACUUGGUUCAGUUCCCCUGGACGUCAUAUGCAAAAACAUGGAGGCCUUAUUUUUCACACUUGUCCCCACAGGUCUUUUAUUUUGAUAUGUAGAUAGGUUUUUCCCUCUCUCUCAAAAUGUCAGGUUUCGGAUGGCAAAAUGGACAGAUGAGUACCUACCUUUAAAUGGCCUUCGAACACAGGUGGUUUGUGGAGACAUCUUGCACAUGUGCGCUUUGUAUAUAGAAGAACAUUCCAGGAGAAAGAUGCAGUGGGCCAACAGAUCUUCAGCACUGAGGGCCAUGGAACCACAGCAUAUAGUGUUCAGAGCAACACUGUCUGGUUUCAAGAAGCCUCUAAAAUCUUAUAUUUCCGUGUAUUUUGCGGACAUAUGUGUCAUGGUUAUGAGCUCACGAUUCUGGUAGUGAUGACACUGGUCUUUUAAAUUGCACAGAUAUUGGUCUCAUGGUUUUUGUACACCAAAUUCACUUUGUUUUGCAAACGAUAGUAUGGAAACCCAUUACUGCCUGGUAGAAGAAGAAAAAAAAAUCACCUACAUUUUUUUUCUCACUCUGUUUCUGGCAGUAGUAUGUCAAAAAUCUAACUUAGUAUCUCAAAAUAUUGACUUAUUCUCUCAAAGUUUUGCUGUAAAUGCCAGAAUAAGGAAUUACUUUCUCAAAAUUUGGGUCUUGUCACAGUAAAUGUAGGUGAAAAGUCAUCAUUUUGAGAUACAGAUCUUUUUUAUUAUUAUUAUUUUGCUACCUGAAAGAGAGAAGAAGAAAAAAUAAAUAUACUAAAAAAAUACUAAAAUAUACUAAAAGCCCAUCAGAGCUUUUUUCUUUUCUGUCUGGCAGGAAUGAACUUCCAUAGAUUAGCCAUGGGUCCAAAUAGAGCUAGUUUGAGCCUGCACUUGUGGUAGUUUUAAGUAUGUACAUACUAAAGCCCAUUCCAGCUCCUCCUCAAGUUAUUGUGGAGAAGGAUAAAGAUUUUAUAUUUUUUAAAGAAGCUAAUCUUAUAGGCCAAAAGCUACAGAAUUCUUUUAAAUUUAUUCUUUCUUUCUCACUUUGCUUUGCUUACAAACUUUCUGUCAUUUGUUUGUUUACACUUCAUUUGUUUUUUCAGUGCAUCAUGGUUAGGAGUUACAGGUACAUUUAGUCUAAAGCGUUAUUUUAGUAGCUAGUUCUGUUCUCUGGAGAGCUCAUUUCUUGACAGCAUUUAAAUAGCUUGAGUUACAUAGAUGUCAAUUUUAACACUGACGUCAUUUUUACUGUUGAAUUCUUAAUUGUGUUUGUAUUUCAGCAUUUGGCCUUCACAUUGUUAUUUAUUUACAGCACAAAGUAAUAUAUUGUUGCUUUGAUAUUAAUAUGCCCGUAAGAUUCCAUAUGAGGCAACCUCAGUUCUUAAUGCCUACUAUAUGAAUGUGUAUCAGAUUUCAAUGAAAUCCCUAAUAGAAUCUUAUACCUUUUACCAAAGAGAUCCUAACGCUAAUGUACAGCCAUUGUAAAUUUGAUAUACUGUAAUCUUUAACCUUGUUGUAAAGAGGUUUCAUGCAGCGACCACAAUCAAAUGACUCUACUUAACUCAAGAAACGUUUUAAUUUAUUUAACUACUUCUCACCUAAAGAGUGUAGUACAUAAAAGAAUGGAGUAUAUCAUCUUCUACAGCAAGAAGUGUGAAGUAAAAGGCUUCUUUGCCCAAAUAGAUGUAAGUUUUGCUUUUGAUCAGCCGAGUCUACCACAGAUUCAUUAGCAGCAGUGACUUGAAGCAACUCCACAGUAGCAAAGCAAAAGGAGAAUUGGGUUUUUUAUGGAUUGUUGAACAGAUUGCUAAAUCAUGUAGAAUUAUAGCAGUCAUUUUAUGCAUCCUCCCUACUCAAAGUCUGGUGCAGGCUCAGUGGCUGUUAGGUCAGCUGUCAGACUAAGAAAGCUGCUUAAAGUCAACCUGAAAUCAGAAUUUACCUUUCUUAUCUUGUUAGUUCAAGGAACGAUCUAUCAUACUAUACUAUUCAAAAGAUAAAAUUGUUGUUUUCCCAUUAUCUUUAAUCACAGCGAAGUGACUUGCUAAUGUCACUGUGCACCAGUGGGCGGGGAAAAAUAUUAACCAAUAAUGCUUCACCCACCAUCAAACUCAGAGUCACUCAGAAAUGUCGUGGUACGGAAGGAAAAUGUUAUGACUUUCCAUUCACAUUGACUGUAAAGAAAUGCAUCACCUAAAAACUACUAAAAUAGCUAACCAGGAAUGAAAAUUAGCAGGGACCUCUUAGUGUAACGCUAACUGACUCCUACUAGCUUCCAUCCUUUAUUAGAUAUGUUAUCAUUUUGAUUUUUUUCCUUAACACAGAUAGGUUUUAAUUAAGCUGUGUUCCCUCUUUAUACAAGGCCUCUGGAAGUUUCAUUUUCCUCUAAGCUUUGGCAAUGGUGUGGACUGUUAUCGCUGAUUCUGCUAAUCUUUUAUGAAUGGAGUCCUCAGUCUUUAAGCUGGCUGCAGCUGGAACGCUGGCACUGCUGUUGUCGUCAGCCGUGGAAAUCAUUGAAAGCAAUGUUUUCCUUAUUCAGGGCCUAUGGUCUUUUACAGUCUCACAAAUGGAUUUAUUUUUCUAAAGUCCAUCUUUCCUCCCUCUAUAGAGUGACUGCACGUUGUCCUCUUGGUUUGUCCUUGACUGUCUUGUUUUCAUGAAAACAGACUGCAGUUAUUUAACAUUAAUGUGAUUUUAUGGGUUGAUUUUUCUUUUUUUGGGGCAGGUUUCAUUUUUCAUACUGUACAUUAAGUGCCAAUUGUUAAUAUUUUCAUGUAAUAAAAUGUUUUAGAUGAUAGUUUGUCUCGAUCUAUGGAGUAGUUUUUAUCUGCAGUCAUACAUGUCCAUUACGUCUGUGAUUUUUCUUGACAACAGUACAGGGUCAUUUUUGUGUAAAGACAUAAUUAUUGCACUAAAUAAAUCUUUACACUU